AGUCUUUUUUGUUAUUUCAACCUAAUCAGUGCUUGCUUCUUAAUGUUUUGUUCAGUGGAAUUUUGAAAAAAAAAAAAAAAAAAAAUACAAAAAAAAUUAUUUAUUCUAAAUUAUAAGUGUUUUUCUAAGCUUUUCUCGUUUAUUUUUCACGAUUUUAGUGUUUCUAUAAGCACAUAUUUAUUUUUUGACCUAUAGUCGUAAAUUAUUUGUGGAAUUAAUUUAAUUUUCAAUAUGCAGAGUGUGCGUCGAAUUUUGGUUAAGUCCAAUUUACUGCGCGGCUCCCCGUUAUUCGAGAGCGUUCGCUUCUCUUGUGCCAAGGAGACAAGAGGAAAGGGUCUCAUUCUCGGUAUAUUCCAAGAGGAGGGCGACAAAGAUGCUAAGUUGACGCAAAGCGCCGAGAUCGUGAACGACCGCACCGGGGGAAAGCUUGCGCACUUAAUUAGAGAAACCAAAAUCAACGGACAAUUGGGUCGCGGAAAAGUGUUCAACAACAUUGAUCCCGACUUUAACAGUAUUGCUGUCGUUGGAUUAGGCCUGCAGGGCGUCGGCUUUAACGAGCUGGAAAUGUUGGACGAGGGUAUGGAAAAUGUACGCAUUGCGGCCGGCAUCGGUGCCCAGUCGCUGCAAAAGCUUCGUCUCACCGAUAUCGCCGUCGAGAGCAUGGAGUAUGCGGAGCAGGCGGCCGAGGGUGCAAUGCUGGGUGUCUGGCAGUUUACUGAUAUGCUAAGUAAAAAGAAUCAUCCGGUCAAACCCAAGCUGGAAUUGUAUGACUCACACGAUCAGGAUGGCUGGGUGCGUGGCAUUUUUAAGGCGGAAUCGCAGAAUCUUGCCCGUCGCUUGAGCGAUGCGGCUGCCAACUGUAUGACGCCUACGCUGUUCGCCCAGGCCGCAGUGGACGCACUGUGUCCAUGCGGCAUCACUGUGGAGAUACGCACCAUGGACUGGAUCGAGCAACAGCGCAUGCAUUCUUUUCUGAUGAUAGCCAAGGGCUCAUGCGAGCCCCCAGUACUCAUGGAGAUUAGCUACUGCGGCACCUCGCCGGACGACAAGCCCGUGCUCUUCAUCGCCAAGGGCAUCACAUUCAACUCGGGCGGCAUCAAUUUGCGUGAGUGCGAGGGCAUGGACGAAUAUAGGGCGGAGAUGUCCGGCGCGGCGGCCUGUGUGGCCAUGAUGCGCUGCGUUGCGGCAUUGUCGCUGCCCAUCAAUGUGGUUGUAAUUGUGCCGCUGUGUGAGAACAUGCCAUCGGGCAUGUCCACAAAGCCAGGCGACGUUUGCACCUUGCUGAAUGCGAAGGCAAUGGCCAUUCGAGAUCUGAGCAAGGCAGCCGUCGUCGUAAUGGCUGAUCCUUUGAUUUACGGCCAAACCAGCUACAAGCCGCGUCUGGUGGUGGACGUGGGCACCAUUGCCAGGGGUGCCCAGCAGGCACUCGGUGGCGGGGCAAACGCGAUCUUUUCCAAUUCUCAUUACAUCUGGAAGCAAUUCCAAAAGGCUGGCUCUCUCACCGGUGAUCGCAUGUGGCGCCUUCCACUAUGGAAUUACUACAGAAAACAGGUUACGGACGAACUCGGAUAUGAUCUGAGCAACGAUGGGCGUGGUCUAGCGAGCUCUUGCUUAGCGGCGGCUAUACUCCAUGAAAUGGUUCCCUGCGCCGACUGGGCCCAUAUCGAUACUCGCGGAUCCGGCAUGCUUAGCACAUAUGGAAUCAUUCCAUAUCUGGCUAAACGAAAAAUGACCGGACGGCCAACCCGAACGUUGGUGCAGUUCCUGUACCAACUAGCUUGUCCAGAAAUCAAGUGAUAUCCAUGCCGUAUAUCUGUUGGUAAUUGUGUAUCGACCUGUUAAUGUAGAGCUUUUACUAUCCCAACGGGAAACUUCGAAAAUCCGCUGAAUUCAACAAUUCUUAUAAUUUUGUACUGACAAUUAAGAUUGUUCUAUAUCAUACUCACAUGUACUUGACAGGUCAAGAAGAUAAUCCCGACAUUGUACGUAAAUCAGAUGAAUAUAGAUAUGAUAACAA